CAUGUUGUUCUUUGUCAAUUAGCCACUGAAAAUUAUUUUUUCCAUUUAUUAUUAACCAUCCUGUCUUUAUCACACCCAUUUGUUUAAUCAAAAUUUACGGAAUCUUUGUAAAUCCACUUUGGUUUAAUCUUGCACGCAAUUACUAAACAAAUUUUAUUUCUUUUCUCAAAUCUAUUAUUAUUGCAGUGUUGUAGCCUGGAAGUUGUUGAUCAUCAAUGGCUGAAUCCUUGGGUCCACGAUUGUAUAGCUGCUCUAAUUGUCGAAAUCGUGUUUCUCUCCACGAUGAUAUAAUUUCCAAGUGUUUUCAGGGAAGAAAUGGCCGUGCAUUUUUGUUCUCCCACGCGAUGAACAUUACAUUAGGACCAAAAGAAGACAGGCAUCUCUUAUCCGGUCUCCAUACCGUGGCUGAUAUUUACUGUGCUGACUGCCACCAGGUUUUAGGCUGGAAAUACGAGCGAGCUUACGAGGUGUCGCAGAAGUACAAGGAAGGGAAAUUUAUACUCGAGAAGGCGAAGAUUGUUAAGGAGGAUUGGUAACAAGCAAGCCUCAUCGUUUUUUUAAGGUUUUCUUAUUCCAUUUAUUCCCCGUGUUUGAUGUAAUUGUUAUCGGUGCCCGAUGUUCGUCUUGUACAGAAAAAGACGUCGCCCUCAUUUCGGAAAAAAAUUGUCAUUGUUUCGAACCUUGCAUUCUUAACGAUGAUGCACGACGGAUUGGCAAUUCUCUGUGUUAAUAAAUUAUGGUAUUCUUAACCAUCGUUCAUGA